UAUCUGAGUUUGACUGUUUGCUUUUUCCGUGGGAGAGCUGGAGAGGGGGUGGGGUCCAUGGCUUUCUAGACAAACAUCCUACGACUGAUUUUGAGACAUGUUUUUAAAAAUCAGGACUCUGAAUGAUCUAGUCCCAGCCGCAGCCCCCCUGCUGACCCCCUGCCUAAAAACACCCCAGCCUGCAGGGGCAGAGCUCCUGGAGUCUCCACCCAGGCCGCCAGGCACCUUUGAAGAACCAUGUUCUGGGCUGCCAAAGCCACCCAAGCCAUCCGUCUCCUGUAGCCGAUCUCAACAGGGGCAACAGCAGAUGCUUCGCUCCAAGUCCUUCAGCUUGUAGGCGGGCUCAGGUGAAGGGGACUGGUGCAGCCUGUUAGGAGACCGUGUGCCCGGAGGAGCGGCUGAUGGCAGACAAGCUUAUUUUCCACCACUCUUGCUGGGAAGUCCUCUAUUUUUACUUAAAUCCUGUGCCACGCUAAAAAAGCUCAGCUUUGGAAAUAGCAUUAGACUGCGGCCUCGUGUCACAUGCAGGCAAUCUCUCUGAGUUCCUUUCCUAAGUCCUUUGCCUCUACAGCACGGAGAACGGAAGACAGGGGCCUUCUAUCAGAGCAAACCACAACCGUCAAGGUUGGGGGCGGGGCCUAAGAAGAAGCUUGAGAGGGGAGGAGCUAUUGUCAUUUCCCACUGCGUCGUUACCAAGGAAACAAGCGGAGAGCUUGGCCACGGAGAUUGGCAAGUCAUGGACUCCCAAAUACCUGAAGAAUCACCCCAAGUCCUUAGAAAGGAGGACAAAGCCGCAACAAUCAUUCAGAAGGCCUGGAAAAAUUUCCUUAAUGUGGCUGUAUUCCAACACUUUAAAAGUCUGAUUGAUUUAAGAAGACAAGGGGAGCCACGCCAGAUAGUGAGGUUCCUUAAUCCUAAAGAGGCGGAGCUCCUGGAUGGUGCUGCUGGCAUUCAAGUCCGAUUCAGGCUGGGUGGGGUUAAAUUUCCACCUCAGAUAUACUAUAAAAUUUUUACUCACAGACAUGUUGAAGAUCUGUGUGCUAAUAGCCCCCGAGAUUACACAAAGCUCCAAGCAAAAUGCACAUCUCAUAAUAAAGAUGAUCCACCUCUGGUUGAGGAGGACCACAGUGGCUGGUACCGCCGUGUAGAGAACAAUGGCUGGAGGCCUGUUUCCCGAAGAUUUUGGAUACCACUUGAAAGUGAAGUGUUGGAAAGUACAAAGGAAAGCGAAUUCCAUUUCUCUAAACUGAAGAGAAAGCAAGACAUGGAAAAGAAAAGAAAAAUUAAAAAGAUAGAAUGGAUGAGGCAAAUGUACUACAUGGGCAGCCUGGAGGCCAAGGCGACAGAUAAUGAAACUCUAGGCCUAAUUCACAAAGCAACAAAAGGACUGAUCAGGAGCAUUGAAGAUGGAGGGGUAGAUUCUGUGAUGGAAUGGGAAGUGGACGAAGUGCUGAACUGGACGAACACACUCAACUUUGAUGAGUAUAUUGCUAAAUGGAAAGAAACUGCUACAAGUAACUCUUCAGCUAACUUAAGAGAUGUCAAGCUUGAAAGAAUACAGAAAAGCCUAGUUGGCAACUAUGGAGAUGGGUCACAGACACCAAUGGAAGCACCGUAUGAGGAUUACUAUGAAAAUACUUACGUGAAACGGCCGUUCACUAGCUUAUCACCCAGUUCCAUGUUUUGAAUGAAACCAUAAAGGACUUCCUUUUCUGAGCAAAUGGCCCUUCAAGCCCAUUUUCAGUUAAAGCCAAGAGACUGUGUAUUCUGACUACAAUGACUUGUGUAUAUAUUAUUUACUCCUAAUUAAGGAAGACUAAAGAAAUACUACACUGGACAGUGUAUAGUAAGUACCUCCUGGUAUUCUGAUAAACUGUAGUUGUCUGACAAUCACAUUUAAAAUAAAGUAUCUUUAUUUAGGUA